UGCUACGUAACAACAUCUUUAAAAGAUAUGAUUUAAUUACUUCCACGCGCAUUCACAUAUUAUCCACAAUAAGAGUAACUAGUUUCAUUUUUCUGGGCGAGUGAACAUGCUUUGUUGCACUAAAGUAAACAAUAAAAUUUCAUUUUUACUUGUUUCUUUCGCACUAAUUAUAUUAGUGGAAGGAAUCACGUUUGAACAAGACAUAAAUUUGACCCUGGAACAGAAGAAACUUUUGGACAAAUUUAAGGACAGGGUCGUGGACAAAUUGCCUCAUGAUUACAUGAAGAAGGAAAUUUACCUCAUAAAAUGGCUCAGAACCAGCAACUUCAACAUAGACAUUGCAGAAGAGAGGUUAUAUCGGAAUUUACAAUGGAGGAAAGAACAAAGCAUGGAUACAAUUCAGUCUGAAGACUUUUCUGACAUGUGGGAAAGUGAUAUACGUUACAAUCUCGAAGGACGGGACAAGAUGGGACGACCGUAUAUUUUAAUAGAAAUCAAGCACGCGGAUCCGAGGAGAAUCGUCCUCCAAGGAAAGGGCGACAGGCUGGUCCGCUACCUGGACAAAGGGUUUGACGAAACGUGCGGCCUUGUGCGAGAGAUGGGAGAUCGCUACGGAAACAUGACUCGCGGUAAUGCGCUUAUCAAUGCUGACGGAUUUAACUUGGUACAACAUGGAUGCCUUCAAUGCGUUCCUUACAUGCUGAGACACCUAUUCAGCUUCGUCAAUUAUUUUCCCGAGUGCAUCGACAAAAUGAUAUUCGUAAACUGUCCAAGAACGGUGGAACAACUUCUCAACCUAGCGAAAACAGCCAUCACGGAGGAAAUGCGGAAUAGUAUUUUCAUUUACGGGAAGGAUAAGCGGGUUUGGAUGCAAGCUUUGAGCCAAGACUUUGAUCAAGAUCAACUCCCACCGUCGCUGGGAGGCACGAAAAGUCAGAAUAAUGAAGUGGAUGACUAUUAAGCAAGAUGACAAAUAAUUUUUCCACAUAUUUAAAAUUGCUAUUUAUUUCACUAAAAUUACACGAAAAGGGGAAAAUAUUUCGACAAUAAAGUUGACGAAACUGAAAAUUUGCGUAAA